GUCCAUCCUCAACCCCUUCCAUCUCUGUGCCUUUUUGCCUCAGAGGAGUGCAGGUUAAGGCUAUAGGGGCACUGUUAACGCAUCUGCCCCCUGCCUCCAAGGCCUUCCUCAGUCUCUCUUAUGGUUCCGCUGUGUGUAUAUAUAUAUAUAUAUAUAUUUUAUAUAUAUAAUUUGUGUGUAGAUAUAUAUGUAUUCUUUAUUAUGUACUUUUUUCCGCAGUUUUUCUAAAGUGCCAGAAACAAGAUUUGUGGGAAUUCUUUUAGUGAUUUUUUUUUUUUUUUUUUUUUUUUUUUUUGCAGAUCUUCUCUGGCCAGGGCUCGAACCCGCGUCUCCUGCAUUGGCAGGCAGAUUCUCAACCACUGCGCCACCAGGGAAGCCCUCUCCCAGAUCCUUUGUCCUUCAUCAACACAGCAACCACCAGAAGCCCUCCACCUUAAUACAACCCCCCACCUUUCCCCCAACCUCCAAGUCUCCUCCGUCUGUCCUCUCUUCCCAGGGCCCCAUCCCUCCCCAGUUAUCCACUACUUCCCAAACCCCAAACCAGCCCCAACCCCCUGAACUUCGUGAGAGUCUAGGCCUCAACCAAGGCUCUGUCCUCGAAAGGACCCCAGGCCCUUCAAAAGACUGUAGAGUUUCCAGAAACCCAGGCCUUACCCCAAAUCCAGGCCUCCACAAGAACCCAGGCCUUACCCGAGACCCAGGCCUCCACAAGAACCCAGGCCUUACCCGAGACCCAGGUCUCCACAAGAACCCAGGCCUUACCCGAGAGCCAGGCCUCCCCAAGAACCCAAGCCUUGCUCAAGAUCCAGGCCUCCACAAGCUUCCAGGCCUUACCCAAGACCCUUAUCUCUGCAAGAAUCGAAGACUUUCCCAAGACUCUGACCUUCAGAAGAAUCCAGUCAUUACCCAAGGUUCUGGCUCCCAGAAGAGCUUAGGUUCUACUCGAGAUGGACGUUUCUUUAAAAGCCCAUAUCUCCCCCAACCCUCUGGUCUCCACAAGAACCCACCAUUUCUCCAAACUUCUGACAUUCAGAGGAGCUCAGGCUUUAUGCAUGAUUCUGGAGUCUAUAGGAAUCUAGAACGAAACCAAGAGACUGUACUCUAUAAAAGUCAAGAACUCUCCCAAAAAACUGACCUCCAUAAUAGCCCACAGCCUUCUCAAGAUUCUGGAUGUUACAAGAGUACAGGUAGUGCCCAAGAUCCAGGAGUCUCUAGGAGUGCAGACUUUACCCAAGAUUCUGGGCCACAGAAGAGUCCAUACCUUGCCCAAGACUCUGGAAUCAACAAGAGCUCAGGCCUUUGCCAGGAAUCGGGUCUCCAUAAGAGCCCAGGCCUUGUGCAAGACCCUCGCCUCCAUAAGGGCUCAAGCCUUACCCGAGACUCAGGAGACUACAAGAAUCCAGGUCUUACCCAAGAUUCUGGAGUCCGCAGGAGCCAAGGCCUUACGCAAGAUUCUGACCUUCAUAAGAAUCCAGGCCUUACCCAAGCCACUGAAGUCAAAAGGAGAUGUGGCCUUACCCAAGAUGCUGGAAUUUACAGGAGCUCAAAACAUGCCCACGACCCUAACUUCCACAAUUACUCAGGAAUUAAUCGAGAUCCUGGCCCCCAUAAGGGUCCAGCCCUUACUCAAAACUCUGGCUCAUUCAACAGAUCAGGCUUCCAUGACAACUCAUGCCUUAUCCCAAAUCCUGGCCUCCACAAGAACCCUCUAGGAACUGACUCUGUCCAAGCUUUGGACCCACAUCAGACCCGAAAGUCAUUUAUAUCUGAGGCAGUUCCUCGAAAGGAGGAUGCAGGGCAGCACAUACCAUGGACUUCUGUCCCACCCAGUCAGAACUCCUGCUCUCCCAAGGCUCAGGUGACCUACAAUGACCUGCAAAUCUUCUCAGAGGUACCUGUGCUGAUUGAGCUGCAAUCAUCCUCCCGGCGAGCAGGCAGCCAAGAUUGGGUGUACCACCCCAUGGAUACAGUUCCUCCAGCCUGCCAGAACUAUCGCCAGAUGUCUACACCUCCCAAGACCAGCUGGAAGCCCUACCGUCCUGGGUCAGGCACCCGGCUAGGGCAUGGGGUCUUUGACGCCCGCCAGAGACAGUUCAGAGCGGCUAGGGACAAGUGCGAAGCUCUGUCUCCCAGGCGCCUUCACCGAGAGACAUCCAACAACUCACCGGAGACCAUCAAGGAGUGGGGUAUCAUUGUGUGAUGAGAAACUUAGAGAAAGAGGGGACAGAUAUGCAUGAGGGAUAAAGAGACAAGAGAAGU